AUGGCUGGAAAGAAAGGGAAAGUCACUGGCAAAGGUGGAAAUGGUGGCAAUAAAGCUGAAUUAGUUCAAGACGAACGUUUGCAAGCCAUCGUCUUGACAGAUUCGUUUGAAACCAGGUUCAUGCCCCUCACAGCUGUGAAGCCGAGGUGCCUGUUGCCUUUGGCCAAUGUUCCAUUGAUCGAAUAUACCCUUGAGUUUCUAGCGAAAGCUGGUGCUAGUGAAGUGUACUUGAUGUGCGCUUCUCACGCAGAUCAGAUAAGUGAGUACAUCGAAAACUCCAGAUGGAACAUGCCUUGGUCCCCAUUUCGAGUUUCAACAAUUAUGUCUCUAGAAUCCAGAUCUGUAGGCGAUGCUAUGCGUGACGUGGACAACCGAGGGAUUAUUACGGGGGACUUUAUCCUGGUAAGUGGUGAUUUGGUCACAAAUAUGGAAUUCGACAAGGCGCUGGAAUUCCACCGCAAAAAGAAAGCUGAAGAUAAAGAUCACAUCGUGACUAUGUGCCUAAGCAAAGCUAGUCAGUUUUUCAGAUCUCGAUGCCAUGAGCCUGCAGUAUUUCUUCUCGACCAGUCAAACGACAAAUGUCUAUAUUACCAAGACAUACCUCUUGAAAACUCUAAUCAAAAGACAUCAAUAUCGGUAGAUCCCGAGCUACUCGAAGAUGUGGAUGAAUUUACAGUGCGCAAUGAUCUAGUUGAUUGUCACGUUGACAUUUGUUCGCCCCAUGUUCCAGCAAUUUUUCAGGAGAAUUUCGAUUACCAAUUCCUGAGAAGAGAUUUUGUCAAAGGUGUUUUGACAAGCGAUUUACUCAAGAAGAGUAUAUAUGCAUUCAUUACGGAAGAUUAUGCCGCGAGAGUAGAAAGCUGGCAAACCUAUGAUGCCAUUUCACAGGAUUUCAUUGCCAGAUGGUGCUACCCACUUGUUUUAAAUUCGAACUUACUUGAGGAUCAAACAUAUUCGUACGAAUCUGAGCACAUUUAUAAAGAGAAAGGAGUCGUAUUAGCACAGUCCUGUAAGAUCGGCAAGAGAACCGUCAUCGGGUCCGGUUCCAAGAUCGGAGAGGGCACCAUUAUAGAAAAUUCCGUCAUUGGCAGGAACUGUCAGAUUGGCGAGAAUAUAAUCAUCAAAAACAGUUUUAUAUGGGAUAAUGCCAUCAUCGGAAGCCAGACCGCUAUAGAACAUUCCAUAGUGGCAUCCAACGUUAAAAUUGGAUCUAAAGUGGUCCUGCACGAUGGCUGCGUCAUUGGCUUUAAUGUGGUAUUAGACGACAACAUGGUGGUCCCAGUUGGAACAAGACUGUCAGAAGCUUGUGUUGAAAGGCAACCAUCUCAAUUUUUAGACAGUGAACCUUACGGUUUCGAUGACACGGUUGAUCGAGCAGCCAAAUCCACUAAUGCGCUACCUGCUCGGGAAUUGGUAGGUGAGAAGGGUGUAGGAUACGUUUAUGAGAGCGAUGAUAGUGACUAUGAGGAUGUCAGUAGCGUUUUGGACAAGGUCACCAACGCACUCGCUUACCGUUUUGACGACUUGUACUUGAGCGACAACUCCAUUUCUUCUAUCUCUGCCAAGCUCAAGAAAAAGCGCAGGUCGUCGACUACAAGUGCAUAUACCGAUCGUGAGGAAGACGAUGACGAUGAAGACGAGGAAGAAGAUUUCGAUGCAGAGGCCAUCGCCACAGUUGAGAGAGCCAUGGAAAACAAUCACGAUCUCGACACUGCUCUGCUGGAAUUGAACACCCUGCGGAUGAGUAUCAAUGUGACGUAUCACGAAGUCAGAUCAGCCACCGUGGUGGCCCUGUUGAGGCGGACGUACCAUUUUAUCACUACUCAGACACUCGGACCCAAGGAAGCGGUUCAAAAGGUGUUUGGACAGUGGGGCCUCCUCUUCAAACGUCAGGCUUUUGACCAAGAAGAGUUCAUCGAUCUGGCCAAUCUCAUUUUAGAGAAAGCUGUUGUACAGGCCUUCGAAAAGCCCGAGUUCAUUAUUUUUACUGCUCUAUCCUGUCUUUACGAUCAUGACAUCCUGGACGAAGACGUCAUAUACACUUGGUGGGACCAAACCUCCCAGGACUCUUCCCACGCGGAGGCAAAAACACUGACCGGAAAAUGGGUAGAAUGGUUGAGGACCGCGGAUGAGGAGUCUACUUCUGAGGAAGAAGAGUCGGACGUGACAGACAGCGAGUAA